GUGCACAUGCUCAGAAAUGCUGCACUUGUUCUCUUAGCAGUUUGCAGCGGCCAUUUCAAAGAAACCAUCACAAAGACAAGAGAAAGAUCAGCAGAGAAGCACCCAUUCCCAAGAUGCUGGCACCCUGCCUUCUGAGGAGAGCUGUCCUUACAGUUCCUUUAGUUUUUGUGGUUGCACUUCUUGUCACGGAGCCUGUCAGAGCUGAGCAAGAAGCAGGAACAGCCAUACCAGCUGAAAGCCGCCCCUGUGUUGAUUGCCAUGCCUUUGAGUUCAUGCAGAGAGCUCUGCAGGAUUUGAAGAAGACAGCAUAUAAUCUAGACACAAGGACAGAAACUCUGCUGCUUCAGGUGGAAAAGAGAAAUCUGUGUGACUGCAUAGCUGCUAAUCUACUGAACUGAAUCCUGGAGACCCCUGAGGAGACUCACCUGUCCAGCAGUUUUUAAAAUGCAGCUGUAUAAAAUACAGCUUUAUGGAGUUCAUGUGGCAAGCAUGUAUGUCCCAAUGUACUGAUGAAACUGGGGCCUGUGUCUGAUGUAUUUGUCUGUUCUGUAUCUUUUUUUAAAAGUACCCUCUUUUCACAUCUGCUGGAUUGCCAGUAAGGGCUCAAUUCAGUAAAUCUGUUACUUGAUAUUAGGGUGGGGGGAAAAUGUACCUGCUUUGAUUUUUAAAUCAGAAUUUGCCAAGUGUAACCCCCACCCAAGAUAAUUUUGGAGAACAGUGCCCUAGAGACACGUGCAGCUGUUUUUUUGUCUUUAAUAUGAACAUAUGUCUGUGGCAACUUACCCAGUUACACUGAGACAUGACACUGUAGUCUCUGUAGGCUUUGCCUGUGUAUUAAAGAUGAUGAAGUCC